ACUCCGGCCACAGGGCGGCGCUGAGUCUAUAUCUCUGUGUCGCUGCUCGGGGUCGGGUUGGUGGUGAGGUUACGCGAGGCCCAGGCUUCAGGCCCUAUUUACAGGAAGUGAAACAAAGUUUGAAAACUACAGCCGAUGGCGGGCCUGGAGCAGUGGGUCAACACACAGCUCCAUGAUGUGCUGGGGCUCAGUGACAAAUACGUGGGUCAGUUCCUGAUCGGGACAGCGAGGCGUAGUCACAGCCCAACCGACUUCAUACAGCGAUUACACAACACGGCAACCAUCGCCAUCACUCCCAGUGUGUCAGCCUUCGCACAACAGCUGUGGGCCAAGGUCCCCAGGAAGGUAGUCAAUGAGAGGCCUGGGCGUGUUGCUGAAAGGGCUGCCAUUGCUCUGCAGCAGAAAGCUGUGAGUUACCGGCUGCUUGAGGAGAGUGAGGAGAGCGAGGAGGAUGUGUCCAGUCGCUCAGGCCACAACAAGAGGAAACGCAAACACUUCAGGAAGAAGAAAGAAUCGUCUUCAGAGAGCGAGGCUGAGGAGAAGCCGGACAAGAUCUCGGAGAGGCUGAGCCCCUCAGGGUCGGAGGAGGAGGAGGAGUGGGAGAAGGUGGAGAAAGCGAGAGUGAAGGACCUGGAGGAACGUGAUGCCUUUGCUGAGAGAGUGAAGCUGAGAGACAAAGAGCGACCGUGGAACAUCCUCCAUCGAUCUGACAGGAAGGCUUAUGAGGAGGCGCAGAAACGGCUAAAAAUGGGAGAGGAGGAUAAACGAGCUUUGGUCCCCGAGCUCAGGAAGGUUUCCCGCCGACAGUACCUGGCGAAGCGAGAGGAGGAGAAGAUGGAGGAUUUGGCGGCUGAGAUUCUGGACGAUGAGAAGUUGUUCCCGAUGGCUGAGCUCACGUCAGGCGAGCGACAGGACCUGGAGCACAAGCGGAGGCUGCGAGAUCUGGCUCAGGAGUAUAAACAGGCCGGAGUCCAGGAGCGAGAGGAGAAGAGCAACCGGUACUACAUGCCUGAGGAGAGUCGCCGCAAGAAGAUUCCAGACCGUUAUGAGGAGCCGGGCGAGGGGGAGGGUCCAGCCCCACGUGACGAGCAGCGACGAUGGGAGGAGCAGCACUUGGGGGCAGGGCUGAGCCGCUCGGGAUCCGGAGCCAAAGCUGGAGACGAACCUUAUCAACUGCUCCUCGAGGACGAGAUGAUCGACUUUGUCAACGCUGUCACCAUCCAGGGCAGCCAUACCCACCCGGAGGAGCCGGGGAUGUCAGACAGUGACAGGCGGAGGCUGACGAUACAGGAAGUCAGGCGGAGUUUGCCUGUGUUUCCCUAUCGCGAAGACCUGCUGUCGGCCGUCAGUAAACACCAGAUUCUCAUCAUCGAGGGCGAGACGGGCUCCGGGAAAACCACCCAAAUCCCACAGUAUCUGUACGAGGAAGGUUACACGUCGGGGGGGCUGAAGAUCGGGUGUACACAGCCGCGCAGAGUGGCUGCCAUGAGUGUGUCGGCUCGAGUGGCCGAAGAGAUCGGCGUCAAACUGGGCAACGAGGUGGGUUACACGAUCAGGUUUGAGGACUGCACUUCCCCGCGCACGGUGCUGAAGUACAUGACGGAUGGGAUGUUACUCCGGGAAUUCCUGACCGAACCCGACCUGGGGGGCUACAGUGUGCUGAUGAUAGAUGAGGCCCACGAGAGGACGUUACACACUGAUAUACUGUUCGGGCUGAUUAAGGACAUUGCACGGUUCCGGCCGGAGUUGAAGGUGCUGAUCGCCAGUGCGACCCUCGAUACUCAGAAAUUCUCCACUUUCUUUGACGAAGCUCCGAUCUUCCGGAUCCCGGGGCGGAGAUUCCCGGUGGAUAUUUACUACACCAAGGCCCCUGAAGCUGACUAUCUGGAGGCCGCUGUGGUGUCUGUGCUGCAGAUCCACGUCACACAAGCCCCGGGUGACAUCCUGGUCUUCCUCACCGGACAGGAGGAGAUCGAGACCACGUGUGAGAUGCUCCAGGAUCGUUGUCGCCGUUUGGGAUCGAAGAUCGCGGAGCUUCUGGUUUUACCCAUUUACGCCAACCUCCCCUCGGACAUGCAGGCCAAGAUCUUCCUCCCAACGCCCCCGGGGGCCAGGAAGGUUGUUGUGGCCACUAACAUUGCGGAGACGUCUCUGACGAUUGAUGGGAUUAUUUACGUUAUUGAUCCCGGAUUCUGUAAACAGAAAAGCUACAACGCCAGGACUGGCAUGGAGUCUCUGAUUGUCAUGCCGUGUUCCCGGGCCUCUGCUAACCAGCGAGCAGGGAGAGCGGGCCGAGUGUCUGCUGGCCGUUGUUUCCGGCUGUACACGGCCUGGGCUUUCACACACGAGAUGGAGGAGACGUCAGUGCCUGAGAUCCAGAGAACAAACCUCGGCAACGUGGUCCUCCUGCUCAAGAGCUUAGGUAUAAACGAUUUGAUUCACUUUGACUUUAUGGAUCCUCCACCUCACGAGACCCUGGUGUUGGCGCUUGAGCAGCUGUACGCCCUGGGGGCCCUCAACCACCUUGGGGAGCUGACGAAGUUGGGACGCAGGAUGGCUGAGCUGCCUGUGGAUCCCAUGCUGUCCAAGAUGAUCCUGGCUUCAGAGAAGUACCAGUGCUCGGAGGAGAUUCUCACCAUUGCUGCGAUGCUGUCUGUAAACAACGCGAUUUUCUAUCGGCCCAAAGACAAAGUGGUUCAUGCUGACAACGCUCGCAUGAACUUCUUUGUGCCCGGAGGUGACCACAUGGUCCUGCUUAACGUAUACACACAGUGGGUAGAGUGUGGCUACUCCACACAGUGGUGCUAUGAGAACUUUAUCCAGUACCGGUCGAUGCGCCGCGCAAGGGACGUGAGGGAGCAGCUGGAGGGGCUUCUGGAGAGAAUCGAGGUGGAGCUGAGAUCAGCGGCGGGAGACACUAUGCUGGUCAGGAAGGCGGUCACGGCUGGAUUUUUUUACCACACUGCCCGCCUGACCCGCAGUGGGUAUAAAACAGUGAAACACCAGCAGGGAGUGUUCGUCCAUCCCAACAGCAGUUUGUUCGAGACCCAACCCCGAUGGCUGAUCUACCACGAGCUCGUGUUCACCACCAAGGAGUUCAUGAGACAGGUGAUUGAGAUUGACAGCGCUUGGCUGCUGGAAGUCGCUCCACAUUACUAUCGAUCACGGGACCUGGAGGACGCGGGCAGUAAAAAGAUGCCCCGGAAGCCGGGGAAAUCCCGGGAGGAUCUGGGCUGAGGAUGAGGAUUCCUAACACUGUACAUAUAAACAAAUUAAUACUUUCACAAAAAAACUAUUUGUCUCGUUUAAUAAUUACAACCAACUCGUUUGCACUCACACCCAC